UUUUUGCUCCCCGAACGCUUCCGGAGCCUUCCGAAGGACUUCCGGAAGUGUUCGGGAUUCUUCGGAGGACAAACCCACACCGCUGAUUGGUCAACGAAGGCCGAAGGGGCGGGCUGCGCACAUGUCAUCACGAGCUGACAGCAAGUGGCAACGAGAAACUUGCUCCAAACAGCGGGACAACGUUCGUCUUUCCUGUGCGAUUUGCGACCAAUUUAAGAUCGGAUAGGAUCUUUUCUGCCGUCGAAAGAUCCCUAAGAUCUUUAGCGACAACAUUUUGUGGUGUUCUAUGUUGUAUGGCCGAGAUUUGUGGCAAAAUCUCGCCCAGAAUUCCCGGGUGCUGUAUCCUAAAGGGUUGAUUGAUUUUUCCGGACCCCUCCACAUAUGAUGUAAGCUGGAAUAUCAGUACGAUCCUCUUUGAUCUAUUUGAUCCCCUCCGUAAACCCUAACCUUGAACAAGGACGAUAUUAUGAGCGGAAGACCACGGACAACAUCCUUCGCCGAGGGUAACAAGCCAGGGCACCAAGCACCAUCCUUCGGAGGGGUGAAAGUCAGCCGGGAUAAAGAUGGCAGCAAGGUGACUACUGUCGUAGCAACUCCUGGUGCAGGGCCCGAUCGGCCACAGGAAGUGGCCUACACGGACACCAAAGUGAUCGGCAAUGGGUCGUUUGGGGUGGUGUACCAGGCCCGCCUCUGCGACACAGGCGAACUCGUGGCCAUCAAAAAGGUGUUGCAGGACAAGAGAUUCAAGAACCGGGAAUUACAGAUCAUGCGGAAACUGGAACACAUCAACAUCGUGCGGCUUAGAUACUUCUUCUACUCCAGCGGAGAAAAGUUGUCCUGUCUGAGAAGGGACAAGACAGGGAAUGGAGCAGGGUCCGACUCACGGGCUGCCAGUAAAGAUGAGGUGUACUUGAAUCUAGUGUUGGACUUUGUACCAGAGACAGUAUAUAGAGUGGCUAGGCAUUACAGUAAAAACAAACAGACGAUACCUAUAUUAUAUGUAAAGUUGUACAUGUACCAGUUGUUCCGCAGUUUAGCAUACAUCCAUUCCAUGGGAGUGUGCCACAGAGAUAUCAAGCCACAGAACUUGCUACUGGACCCUGAGACAGCAGUCCUCAAGCUCAUUGACUUCGGAAGUGCAAAGCAGUUGGUACGGGGUGAGCCGAACGUGUCGUACAUCUGUUCCCGCUACUACAGAGCACCUGAACUUAUAUUUGGUGCGACAGACUACACAACUGAUAUUGACACAUGGUCAGCAGGGUGUGUUAUAGCUGAGCUGCUACUGGGGCAGCCCAUCUUCCCAGGGGACAGUGGAGUGGACCAGUUGGUAGAGAUUAUCAAGGUUCUAGGUACUCCAACUAGAGAACAAAUCAGGGAAAUGAACCCAAACUACCAGGAGUUCAAAUUUCCUCAGAUAAAGCCUCACCCCUGGAACAAGGUGUUUGGACCUCAGUCGCUGGCAGAUGCUUUAAACCCUAAUUCUAGAACACCCAGCUUUGGCAAAGGUGCCAAGGUGUUUCGACCACGCACACCACCUGAGGCCAUCAACCUCUGCAGUCGGCUGCUGGAGUACACCCCAGGGGCCAGGAUAUCUCCGCUGGAGGCCUGCACACAUCCGUUCUUUGACGAGCUACGGGACCCAAACACGAGGUUACCCAAUGGGAGAGAGCUGCCGCCACUCUUCAACUUUACUCCACAUGAGCUGUCCAUCAACCCAUCACUGAACUCACGGCUUCUACCGCCUCACUUGCAACAGCAGGGUGCUGCCCCCCUCCCCACCUCCAAUGCAGAGGCAGCCAACGCUGCCUCUUCAGAAGCUGGCACAUCAGGAGGCGGGGCCACCGCAUCAGCCUCUGGGGGGACAUAACUCUCUCUCUAACCAAUCAUGAGCUCAGGCACAAGUCUGCCUCGGGAUUGGUCGACCAAUGGCAUGAGGGCUGGUCUUUCCUCAUUCUGUUGGUCCACCAAUCAUCAGUAGGCUUACAUAUCACAGCCCUCCUUUGUCCUACCUUGGUCAAAAUGCUUGUGGCCCAUGACAGAAAUCAACAGGGUAGACCUGGCAGGCCCAUGCUGUGGUUACUGAGCUGUUUUGUCCAAUAAGUGAUCAUGUAUGAGAAACUCAUUGUGGGAGAUGCCUGGAUAUGAGCACUGUUCUUUGUAGCUUGUGUUGUCAGUGCAAAGGAAGGUUACAACCCCAGUCAACGGAAGGGGAGGGACGCUAUAGCAAACCAGAAACAACGUUGUGCACGUCUUGGAGGGUGGGUUGAAUACCACACAGCUGCAGAGGCCACUGUAAGGCCGCGUUGUAAAUGUAGAUAACUACAAGAUGACAACUUGUGAGGAAGUAGUUCCAGUUAGAUAAGAAUUGUUCAAUGUCCUGUACAUAGUCUUAUGUUUUGAGCUGAUUCUGGGUCCUGUGCGUGCACCCACUCUAUUCCAUGCUGUAGGGAUGAGAUGGCAAUGCUGUGCUCGGGGGCAAAGUUGCUGGGUCUCGCCAUCCAAGCCUCAGGGCAUGUUCUCUAUCAUGCAUGUAUGAUGUCAAUGUAUACUUAGUCUUGUCCCCGGACAAGGAGUACCCUAUACUGUACCUGUCGGCAUGUAAAUAAGCCAGAAGACAAAAAGAAGUAAUUGCCAAAUUGGUCCUGAAAGGCGUUAUGAUGACUCUAUUGUAUCAAUACUCUUACACACAGUAGAUAGUUGUAGUAGUCUGGCACAGCCCCAUAUGUACAGCACCUACCGGUACCACGUGGCAACAUGUACAGUAGGACGUGGAGUCUUGCCACCCUACCUCAGUUAGCACGUCUUGGCCAUGUCUUGUGAUCAGCUCUAGUGCAGAGGUAACUUUCUGGCAAGUUAGGAAAGAAAAAAUUUGAUUUGUUGUAAAUAUUGGUUAAAACAAUUCCAUAUUGAUAGCAUCAACCUACCCCUUUCCCUCCAGCAAUGAAUACUUAUCCCAGCUGUUCUUACAAUAGAGACACUGCUGUCUGGAGGGUAGGGGUAUCAGCAUGUGAUCAUGUGUCCUAGUGUUUGGCUCCAAAAGUUAGUUGGACUUGCUAUUUCAAGGCCCUAUGAUGUGUUAUACAGAGGUUGGCAUUUUGAGGAUUUGUACACUGUGUAAUGAAGAAACACAAGGUUGUGACACUAGUUAUAACCAUAUCAGACCACACUUCAGUACGAUUAGAGGUGCAAAUGUCCUUUCCCAGAGGAACAAUUUGAAGAAGGCAGAAAAAUUGAAUAAUUUGGGUUUUACGAAAUGAAAUCCAAUGCUCUUAUUUUGUGUACACUAGUUUUUAAGUAAAUGAGAAAAAGGCUUUUUUCCAGUUUUCAUGUGCAUGUUUUUUUAAUUUUACUCUUUCAUGGAAAAAUAAGAUAUUGAAUAUAUGGUCAGAUGGGGGUGAACUUCAGCAUGUACUAAAGUUAUAAUUCCACUCCAUGUUCCCCUCCAUGUAUCCCUGUAUGUAUUUUCUUUGUACCGUAGACAUGUGCUUCCUAAACAAAUAUGGCACCCUGGUUGUACAAAACUUUCAGCUCAGCAAAGAUACCUUUCUCUGUCAAGCUGCUACCAGCAGACCUGUAAUACAGAAAUGGCUCCAUAUAAUGUAGGUUAUCCAUGGUUGGUGGUUCCCUUUUUGUAAGUAUGUGGACAUCAAUGUUGAAUUUUAAUUUCCAAUGUUGGAUAGAUGGUGCCAGCCAGCCAUUAGUACAAUCCCACUGGUACAUUUUCUAUCAGUAUACUCUGUAUUAAUAAAUCUACCCUAUUCUGAAACCAUGA